AUGGAAAACACCAAUUUAAGUCACAAUGAGCGCCUGCGCGACUUUGAUUACUCUGUGCGUGUGAACCUGUCCAACAGUUCGAUAUGCGGCGACCAACAGAGGUCCGUAGUUAUUAAACUACAUCUAGAAAAACCUGACGGAUCCGAGCGACAGGUGGUGUUGGAGCUCGACGACAAGCAGCUUGCUCUCCUUCUUCAUCAAUUUGAAUCUAUAUAUCACCAACUACAAGCACACCAAUAG